UUCCAUUCGCUCUUACUAGGUAGCUCCUAUCAUGAAAUGCAAGAACUGAAUUUCAGUAUAUCUGAUACCUGCGUCCCACCAUCUAUUUCUGUCUCUCAUACACUAUCGUCAUCAUCUUCAACUAUUAUUAUCUCCAUCAGUCUCCCAGAACAAACCACGUCUAUUUCCUUUCGCUGUCCUGCAAUAACACCAUACCACAUACCACUACGACCAGUUGUCCAACGGCAUCCGCGCCAACUUUCCUACUCAAACUCUGCGAUGCCUGAAGAUAGAGAAGUCGAAGACCAGCCCUGA